GCGACAAGAGGAACCUGGGAAUCAUGAUGCUGCAGCCAUUUUCCAACUACGAGGGCUGGCCCGAAGGCUCUGAUGGCCUCAAAGACGCAAUGAACAGAGCACGCGGCUGGAUCCGCAUCAUGCAGGCGUGCGGCACGGAUAUGCUUCAGGUCGGCUCGACUGACACGCCGCUCGGUAAGCUGGAUAGGAGCAAAAUGGUAUCCGACCUGCAAGUGCUGUGCGACAUGCUCGGCGAAUACGGAUUCCGACUCGCCUACGAGAACUGGUGCUGGUCGACACACGCGCCAGACUGGAAAGACGUCUGGAGCAUUGUCCAGCAGGUCGACCGACCCAACAUUGGUCUUUGUCUUGACACUUUCCAGACGGCUGGCGGAGAAUGGGGCGACCCGAGGACCGCCUCUGGACUGCGCGAAGACGUGUCCAGGGACGAAUUGGAGAAGCGGUUUCAAAAGAGCCUCGAAGAUCUCAGCACGAGCAUCCCAAAGGAAAAGAUUUACCUCCUGCAGAUCAGCGACGCAUACAAGGUACCGCAGCCGUUGCAUGCGGAGCGCGACGAAGCAGGCUUGUUGCCUCGCGGGCGCUGGAGCCACGACUUUCGACCGCUUUCAUACAACGGUGGAUACCUCCCUGUUGUAGAUGUGGCGAGAGCAGUACUCAAAACGGGAUUCCGCGGAUGGUUUAGCUACGAGGUAUUUGAUGGCGGCGAAGACGGCAAGGCGAAAGACGUGGAUAUUAUCGCUUACGCGCAGGCUGCGAAGAACGUGCAGGAUAGAUUGCUUGAGGAGUGUGCUGGAGCAAAGGUGGAUGAAGCCAUGGCAACGAGAUGAGGUGGCUUUGACACAUAAAGCAUCGAGUCCUGGUUUCUAGCAUUCCAUGCUACGGAAGUCAUGGCAAUCGAUACAACGAUACACUACAUAC